AUGGGAAAUGUUAUUAAGGGAGCUGCAGCCUUUAUCCCAUUUGAUCGAUGUCAGCGAUUUUUAGUGGGAGACUUAAAAGAAAUGCCCCUUGAUUGUACCUUGGAUCUGAGUAGUUGUCAGCUGCGUCACUUUCCUCUUAGAGUUUGUGCCUUCAGUGAACUUGUCAAGCUUUACCUGAGUGAUAACCACCUGAGCAGCCUUCCGUCUGAGCUUCACUGUCUGCAAAAACUCCAGCUUUUGGCUCUGGACUUCAACUGCUUUCAAGAACUGCCUUUGGUGGUUUGCAAGCUUCGGCAACUUAACAUCCUCUACCUUGGGAAUAAUAGAAUUUACAAACUGCCAAAAGAGCUAGCAAAGCUCACUGAACUAAAAACACUGUGGCUUGAGACUAACUGCUUUACAAAGUUCCCAGUUGUAGUGUGUAGGCUUCCCAACCUCAAGACACUUCAUUUGGGAUACAAUCAGUUUCGAUGCUUACCCAAUGAAUUGGCUAGGUUAAAAGAAUUGCGAAGUAUCUGGUUAGCAGGAAACUUGCUGAAUGAUUUUCCACCAGUGCUUCUAGACAUGCAUGGUUUAGAAGUGAUUGAUGUAGAUAGAAAUCGAAUAUGUUAUUUUCCUGCACUAACCCAUUUGAAAGGGCUGAAGCUGGUAAUUUAUGAUCAUAACCCAUGUUUUAACGCACCUUUGGUUGGAGAGGGCGUGAAACGGGUGGGCCGUUGGGCUGACUGUGUUGAAGAUGAGGAUGAGGAAAUUCAAGAAAAAACAGCAGAAGUGUCCACAGUGAUGAAAGGACAACUUCCAGAUAAAGAGUAA